AUGAAGAGUGCCUUUGACCUUCUGGAUGCAGGCGGAAAGGGGAGGCUUAACUUGGAGGAAGCCAUCGACAAUUUGGAAAAUCUGGGGUGGGACAGGCUGGAGCAGGAGCCUUUGAUGGUUGCCAUCCGCGCAUGCCGCCGGAAGGGCGUGAAGACUGAUUUCGCAGGCUUCAUGGAUGCAAUUGGGCCACUCCUGGCUGCGACCGAGCCCACGCAGGAGAGCUUGAGGCGAGCCUGGCGUCUCCUGGAUGAAAACCGCAAAGGCCACAUAGACCUGGAGGAUUUAAGCCGGGUCGUGCACAGCUUUGGCUUGGAGCUCUCCAUUGAAGAGCUCCGGGACAUGGCGCGGAGCUCAUCAACAAGACAUGAGCCAUAG